AUGGCCUCUUACUUGAGCGCAAGUGAGGCUUUCGCCCAACAGAAGCUCGCUCAGGAUGCACAGCAGCCGGUCUCGCAGUCCGCCUGGGCCGACAAGUACCGUGGUGCCACGAUCGAGGACCUUGACCCUCCCCCGGCGCUGUCUGUCUUCUCCGACGACCCAAUCUCCUCUGCUCUACUCGCUGCGUACGAGCGCGAUUACACACACCUCACCGUCAUCUCCUCGACGAAACGCUCUCUCCUCGGAUACCUGAGCAUUCCCCGCCUCAAGGAAUUGCUAAAGGAGGGCGCCGUGAAGGAAACCGACUCAGUCUCCGCUGCCAUGCAGCGGUUCAACCGCAAGCGAGGCACAUACCAAGUGAUCACGAUGGAGACCCCGCUGGAGGAGCUGGAACAAUUCUUCGAGAGCGAGACAGAUGCCAGUGGAGCCAACCGGGCUAAGCAGACCUUCGCGGUUGUCACAGAUGCGUCGCGCAAGUUCGUGCUCGGCGUGGCGACCAAGGCGGACUUGGAGGAGUUUGUCAAGAGGCGCCCGACUUGA